GUGUGGGUGUGGGUGCGGGGAGGGUGAGCGGGAGGGCAGGUGAAGCCGCAGAGCCCCGGCCCCGGCUCACAGCCCGCAGAGCCGUCCACGCUGGAGGCGCUCACCCAGGCGGCCAUCAUCUGCACCAUGGCCCUGGCUAUCAUCAUGCUCAAUCUCCUCAUCAUCGCCGUCUAUGUCAACAUCAGAGGGCCGCACGAAAUGGUGUUUUGGUACGUGCUCUCGCUGGCCGGGGCCGACCUGUGCUGCGGCGUGCUGAUCGUCCCGCUGUCGGUCUACCCGGUGCUCCUGGGCAAGUGGGUCUACGGCGACAUCCUCUGCCGCUUCGCCGGCUACGCGGCCGCCGUCCUCUGGACCAUCUCCGUCUACACGCUCAUGUGGAUGAGCGUCGACCGCUACCUCGCCGUUCGCAAGCCGCUCCGCUACGAGACGGUCCAGACCAAGACGCGCUGCCAGUGCUGGGUUGCCUUCACCUGGAUCUCUUCCGCUAUGAUGUGUCUGCCGCCGCUGCUGGACUACAGCCUGCCGAUCUUCGACGGGGAGUCGUUCCUGUGCUCGUUAGACUGGGGCCGAAUGGCCGCCUACUCGAUAACGCUGGCCGUCCUCGUCCUGGGGCCGAGCCUCAUCACCAUCUUCUACACAUACUCCUACAUCCUCUCCAUCAUCCGCAAGCUCAAGCAAGGCCACGCGGCCACCAUGCACGACAAGGAGUACGUCACGGCCGUCUCCGAAAGCCUCGCCAACCCGAGCCACGCCGUCGCUUUCACAAUCAUCCUCGUCUUCUGGCUCUCCUGGAUCCCGCUCAUCACACUCAAGCUCCUCGAGUACUUCGCAAACACUCAAUUCAAGGUGCCGUACCUCCACUUCGCGGUGGUGUGGCUGGGGAUCGCCAACUCAAUAUGGAAGGCGUUCAUUUUAGUGGCGCUGAGUCCCCAGUUUAGGGUCGGUCUCCGCCUCUUGUGCCUCACGCUUUGCUGCAGAACUAAGGGCCGACUGCCACUAGAGCUUCUGGGAAUGGACCCGGACGACUAGAUGGAUGAAAAUUCAAUAAACGAGAAACUCGGGAUGGCAAAAUCGUUACGGUAGAGGGACGACAAAUCGGUGAAGAGCCAAACUUAGCCAGAGGUUAAACUGAAGAAACUUCCAAGGAAGAUGGAUAAAGGGAAGAGCCGAGGACAUGGCUGCAAUGAGUGGCUUGACGGACACUUGCCGUGAAUCUUAGUCAUAUCGUAUCGUAAUCACAAAAUUCUGUCAGUUUUUAACAAAGUAAUUUGCUUGAGAAGACAAUCCACUCUCGCAAAACCGGCGGCAGCUGAAAUGCCAAGAUUACUUUGGCUCAUUGAGGACAGUAUCUCUGAUUAAGACAGAAAAAUUGUGAUUAUAAGGUCCGAUAAGGUUUUCUUUCAAAGAGAGGAAAUGUUCACUUACGAAUGAAAUGAUGAGGGCCAAAAGUACUGGUUUACCAGAGGCGACUAAUUGUUACUUUAUAACUUUAGCUCAGAUGCUCAUUUGAGUAAUUAUUUGCUUGUAAUUUUGUGAAGCUACUAUUGCUGAAAAUUCAAGAUUACAUUAGCUUACACAUUUCGGGCAAAAUCAUUCUAACUCCAGUAAAGGACGAUACCUGAGAGCUGGAGAUUUUACACAGCGAAAAAUAUUUUAAACUGUCAUGGAAUCAUCGGGAUUCGGUACUCGGAUGGAUAAAAGCAAACGAGUUGGUGUAGGAAAGUUUGCAGACUUUCGAAGGAUAUACUUAUCAUCUUAGCAUAAAAAUAAGUGCCCGAACUGUUUCGUAUGAAUUUAGUGUCACACAAGCCGACGAAAUUUUUUUACGCUCGAAUCCUAACCCUGUCACACUUGCUUUCUCCGCGUGUAAAAAAAGUUCCACCCCCAUAAACUGUGAUUUCUAACGGUGCCACAUAUAGCAGAAAUACCAUUCUAAAUGGUCGAUUCUAGUGACCACAUUACUUCAGUUUUGCGUUUAUUUUGAAAUAAAAAGAAAAUAUGAAAACUUCCAGAAAUUAACAACACAGAAUCGGUUCAAAGUCGUUCGUUAAACGGCGAAACUGUAAUUAAAAAAGAGGGAAAUGACAAUUAUACGAAGACUAUGCCUUCUGAUUCCCGAAUUCAUGGAAUUUGAAAGGGGGCGAUACCGAAAAAAAAGUAUGUGGUAGUAAUCAUUGAAUUGUUGACGAUUGACACUUACACCCCUAGAAAGAUGAAUGGAAUCAACCUAAUUCCUACCUGACUAAGCGCAAAGAAUGUAAUGUGGAUGAGUCAACCACAUCUUCGUUUAAGGCUGAUACUUAAGGGUACCUCUAUCAUAGAGAUGAAAAAUAAACUAUAUUCCUUGGUUAGCCCCUAAGUCUACAAAUCUACUAGGAAUGAAUUAAAAUGAUUGCCUUCUUUUUGGUGGCAGAGACUUGUGUCAAGCACGAUUGGUAUUACAACCUCGAUUACACGGACGCACUGUUUCCUCACCAAAAACUGCAGGAAAUUAUAUUUAUAACUCACAUCGUGUCGUAUGCAGAUUUGUUGAAAGGCUUAGCACACGGAGUUAUAAGAGUGUGCUCCGACUAAAUGACUUGCAACUGGAAAGUAGAGGCAUCAGCUUUAUCAUCAAUGGUAGGGAUUAAUGGUCCAUCACCUAGUGCAUACGUAUGAUGCGGCAUUGAGGUGACGAGCGUUAAACAACACGGCUUGAGUUGAACGUCACAUGGUUCAUGCAGGUUGUAAAAAGGAAAAUUCAAAUUCGUGCACAGGUUAUUUUAUCUUCUUUUUGUGCAAGUGUUCACAUUUUACUUGUGGUGCACCGAAAUUAAAAAGGCAAAAAUCAAACAAAUGAAAAAUCACGAAAACGUCCAAAAAUAUGUUUAAAUAUCUUAAAUGAGGUCAAGGUUAGGACUUAUAUAAAAGCCACCGACCUGCCACUCUCCUUAGUAUUAAAGAAACAGAAGAAUUUUAAAGGUAAUAUAAAUAGAACACGAUCCUAAGCCGGAGAAUGCACGCAUUUCAUAUCAGACGAUUCUGAUAGUAUGAUAGGCUCAUUUUCAUUCUGCAAAUGUUUAAACACAAAUUUUCUAGAAGAAAGGCAACCUAGCAACACGUAAUUGAUCAAUGAUAAGAAAUGAAAAAAAAAAGGAUUAUCACAGGUAUCUCAGUUCUGCAACUGGAUUUUUCAUAAUAAUUCAUUCAAAUUGAGUAUCUCCAUGAAUCAUGUGGCAGGAAAUUACAGUAUUAGUGAAAUAUAAUGCCUUCAAUUUGUGAACAUAUAGUUCACAACUCAAAAGUAGAUAUGAUAUCAGGCUAUACGUUUGCAGGGGAGUGUAUAUAAAGUAAUCAACAGGUUUGGGCGAGAGGGUGUAACGGUUGUAAGACAUCCAUUGCAAACACAACAAUGGUACUGCUAACAUGAUUGUAGAACGUUUUAUGGGGUAAAAUGAAAAUUGAAGUCUCAGGACGAGGACGGAUCUAAGCUCAAAAUGAUUAUUAAAACUGAAUAUAAGAAUGGUAAAUUCAUUGGGAAAAUAGCGUUUUCGUGGGCCCAAUCGUGUAGAAUGAAAAAAUUUAGAGAUUCAUGUCAAGAUUCUCUAAGUCCACCAGACGGAGUGGCGAUGUUCAGUCAAGGAGCCAUAAAGACAUUCAAUUAAAUAUUAUAUAAAUAUGAUUAAUUUAGCCAUUUAAUAUUAAUAUGAACACGGCCAUAAAAUCUCACUGAAAAUUCUAAGUAAAUAACGUCAAUUACUGGUGUUCAAUCUGGAUGUUUCGAUAAAAUAUUGCAGAACUAAUCAAUUAGUUUAUUUUUCGUGUGGCACGAGAUGGUUUUAAAACCAAGGGAACACCCAGAUCCUUAACACCACUUGCAGUCUGACAUUUAUCGACAUGAUCAGUUUUUUUUUUUCUUGCAGUAGAAAUGAAUGCGAUCACAUACUUAAAGCUCUUUAGGUACCUAACAGUCAAAUUACACAGACAUGGAGCUUCAAACCGGAUAAAAUAGAUGAUGAGACUGAUGCUCUUAAGUGAUUCAUACUUUAAGUGGAAAAUUAGUUAUCGGGCAAAUUUCACGCGGAGGGAACAAUAAAUCGAAUGUUAAGGAUUCAAUUCCUUGGUUGAAUAAUUGUUAAAGAAUAUAUUGAAUUUGAUUCAUUAUCUGUAAGCGUCAUUCUCUGGCUUGAAGAUAAAUAUUCUCAUUUAUCGACAGGCAAUAGACACAUGACUUUCAAAUAGAAACUAUGAACCUGGGUUAUUCGAUUCAUUCUGCUCACUGACCUAUUCAACCACCUAUAUUCGAUUUAGUAAUAUCUGUAUACAGGGUUAUUCAAAAGUCACGCACUUCUGGCCAUAAGGGGGGGUGGCCAUUUGAAAUUUUUUAGUUGCUCCCCGCCUUCCUUCCCUCCGAGAGGAUCAAAAACUGGAGAUUACCUUGAGAAUUUUCCCCUCGAUAUGAGGAAAAACAUUUGAAACCGCAAAUCGAUAUCAUAAUUGGAACUAAAAUUAUGGCCAGUGGUGCGUGACUUUUGGAUAACCCUGUAACUUAUGCGCCGCUGUUCCUUCCAAACUCAGAGAGAGCGGUAUAGUUUUGAUGCGAAUGAAAGUUUCAUUCCAGACUGAGGGGACGGUCAAAUUCGUUCUGAUAUGGCUACUAAAUAUAAUGCUAAGCUUCAAUUUUUUCAUGAUAUUUAUACCUCUUGCCUUCAGAACCCAUCAUUGCACCCGAAUCAAAAUUACAUACGAAGGUCAAUCAAAGAUUAUAAAAUCUCCUGUAAAUUUUCUCGCUGGCCGUUCAUGCUAGUAAGAAACCAAUUAUGCCGAUGGAUCUCGUAAACUUACGGCUAAGAAAUUGAAUUAAUCGAACGUUCAGGAGAAUAGGUUUCCCGCAUCGCCGUAAUUUUCAGAACCGAAUUUGAGUGCCCAAAAAUUGCUUUAAAAAAAUUAAAAUUCCGAAUUUCUAAAAACACGUAAUAGUUAAUACCUAUAAAAAUCUGAUGCACCGCAGUCGACGAAAUUUUAGGGAAAUGAUCUUGAAUUUCAUCCAAAAAUCACUCGAUGUUUCAAGAGAGAGGGAGAGAGAGAAAGAGGGGGGGGGAGAGAGGGAUGCGUUGCUAUAUCCCAAGAAAGAAAUUCUGUCGAGAGACAAUUUUCAGAAGAUAUCAUUAUCAUCAAGAAAGCGUUAUCAUAUUUUAUCAUUUUCACAUCCUUGGAGUAAACAUUACCUCCCUCCUCCUCCUCCUGUGUGCCUAUGUGCUUGUAAGCCCGACUGAUGAAAAGGGCAGUCACAAUUGCGAUGGUAGACCGAAUCGCUGAGAUACGUUGAGACGGCCAUCAUCAAUUUCCGACGACGUAGGGCUCUCGAUGAAUCCUUGCUUACGUAAGGCCGUUUUAAUUAUGCGUGCGAACGAAGUAUUGAAUAGAAACCGUUCACGAAAGAUCACUGUUCCCAGGUGUGUGCGGCUAUGAUGAGUAUGGCGGAAGAAUAACAAACAGAUCAUAAUUCUCUUUUGAUCACCCGGUUCAUGACUCAAACUAGAGUAAUGUUGAAAGAAAGGACUCCUCAACUGAGAUAUACGUUUACGAGCAUAAGUAUGCUUUUGUGAACAUGCAAACAUGCAUUCCGUACUCGUGUAUGGGUACGAGAAUCUGAAAAUGAGGAAAGCAUUGCUCCAUUUAUUGGUCGCCUUGACGCUCCUUGUGAGGGGAUAGCCUAUUCCCGUACAGUUCAGGAAUUCCUGCACAUAUAGGAACACUGGAGGGAUUAGCUUCUAAUAAGACGUUAAUACGACCGGAGCCGUUGACUCGGCUUAAGGUCGUUUAGGUGGCUGUUGCGGAUGUAAUUUGCGAUUUGAGUGGGGUUGCAUUCAGAGAAAGGAAUUACUAGCACUGGAAUGCUGCUAGGAUUGUGUGACGCCAUUAUCUGACAAAGAAGAAAAAAAUUAAGAAAAAAACCUGUAGUAUUUACAAAUUUGAGGAGCUUCUCUUCGAGUACCGAAGAAAAGCUAUGGAAAGGAGGUAAGGGUUAUGGGCAUUUCCGAUCAAUUGUGAUAGUGCCCCAAUAAAUUAGGUUACUAACCCGAAUGUUGCGGUACCAUCCGAACUUAAGUAGCGGUACUACCGCAAAUAAUUGUGUGAAUGUCCAAUUCAUUCGACAAUAUGGGGUGGUAACACAAUUUUAAAAGAUAACCUUUAAUACGUGUUUUAGGGGCAUAAUGUAAAAACCUCUAAAAUCGCGUUUCCCAAUUUCCUUUUGAAUGCAUUAUAGUGCUACGAGUUCCUUUUCGGGAAAGCAAAAAAAUCACACCUCCAGACACGAGUGGAAUGAACAAUGUCAAUGAGAGAGAGAGAGAGAACGCGGAAGGGGUCACAUGAAACUUUCUCUAUUUUUUUUUCAAUUUUUUCAAUUUUUUUUAUGUAUUUGUUUUUAUAACAAAAAUCCGAUUUCAUGAAUCCAUAUUUUAACGUAAUGUAUAUCCAUGUAUGGAUCCGAGAUUCUCGUGUAUCCCCUCACCGCCUUCCCCAAAGUAGAUGUAAUAUUGAGUUUUCGAAAAGACGAUCUGUUUGUUCCCUUGCACGUUUAUGCUCAUCUUCUAAUCGGAAGAAUUGUAUUGGGAGUAAACUUCUAAUGUUCUAAAUGAACCGUGCCCCUCCUGUCUCUAACGCGCUUUUUCGUGUAUUUUUCGAAGGGAAUACACGAUUUAAAAUGCUGCAUCAUUUCACGAGAUGGACAGUGACAGAUGUAUAAAGUUUAAAGCUUAAAAUAGAAAAGCUCUUGAGCUUGAUUGGGCGAACUGAGAAUGGAGCAUAGGUCAUUUUCCGAAGAGUUCGUGCUUUGGAUUACGGUCGUUUGGGUAUAGCGUACAAUUGUCUCGUGUACAGUGUGUGCAUAAAGUAUGGAUAUUCUAUGAUAACUCGAGAAUAGUUGCAGAUGCUGACAUGCGGCUUGGACGAGACUACCUUAAAUAGUAGAUGGUUAAGUUUUAAAUGGUACUUUUCCUCCUAAGCAGAGUGGUGUCACGGCCUUCCACAAAAAAUGACCCGUAUUCGAGGAAAGUCGGUCCAAACCGUCAAUCUCUGCAACCGGUCUCAAGAUAGGUACAUCCAUACUCAUUUGCAAACACUGUGUAUUACAAUAUGUAUAAGGUAAUACCUCGUGGUGUUACACAACACCCUAGAAGCAGUUAAAACGUUCGUUACCAACAGCCUCAUUGUAACGUAUUGUAGCGCAGUUUUUACGGCGGAGCACGUUUGAUGAUAGGAAAGGGUUCAUUGCUCUAUUCUGUUACGUUCACAAGCGGAAUAUCCUUUCCAACCCUGAAAGUAUAUGUUUUAAUUAUAGGAUAAGAAAAUACAUAAGCGGCAUCAUUUAAAGCCGCGCAAGCCUUUACUUUGAUGGAAAAAUGUAGUCAAUUUAUGCAACACUUAAAGUUUUCUGUAAUGAAUAGCAUGCAGAGGUAAACAGACUGCCUGCCUUCUCAUACUUUGAACGCAUCGAUUGUGAUCUAGACUCGUACUUUAAAGAGCCAUCCAGAAACAUAAGAUUUUAGAGCUUAAAUUUAGAAUUUCAUUUCUCUUGAUGUGCUUUUAUUAGGUUUUCGGCAAAAUUCGUUAAUUUGUUGAAAAAGUUGUUACUUACUAUUAUCAGAUUUACCAACGCGUAUUUUUUCCUUGAAAAGUUUUAUACCACGUUAGCAGCUUAGCCGUUAUAUGUUUGUACCUAAUUUUAAAAUUUUGGUAUAAAGUUGUCUUUUUGCUAAAAUUUUGUAUGUUUGUCUUACGUUUUUGUUUGAAAAAGUUUGUUUCUUUUUGGGUAAAACAAUGUAAAAAUGUAUCAUUGUAAAAAAUUAAGCUCAUUGUUCAUGCUCAUAAUCAUUGGUUUUACCACUGGUUGUUUUUCAAUGUUGUUUUAAGACUUAUGUACACUUAGGAGAUGUGAAAAUUAUACACGUCAAUAAAUUUUCGAAGCUUGAUUUAUGCGAAA